GUGACGAAAACUACCUGCUUUACAAACCUGCAUAUGAGCUAACCGUCGCCAUAUGUGUGGUCACACCUUGACCGUUUUUAACCAGCAAGCUAAAUUCAAACUCCAGCAUGUCUACUUCAUUAACUGGUAGUAAACAACGCAGUUGGUUACAAAGAAGACCUCUACUUCGAGAUGCUUACUUCACGGACUUACAGAAGGGCAGUUACUUUGCUUUCAUUUACAGUAUCGUGGAAUGUGUAUUUAUGAUUUGUUUGGUGGUGUUCGAUAUCUAUUGCUUAGCUGAGGCACAGCCAGGAACAACCAACCAUCGAUACUUUGGUAUUAGUUUUCUUUUUGUAUACAGUGGAAAUGCUCAUGUUCGAAACCUUUUAAUUUUCUGCUCAGUAAUCUCAUUCUUUCUCGCUGUGUAUUUACUUGUGAGUUCAAUCAUCUUGAUGAAUGCUCUGAAAAAGGAACAUGAGCAAAAGUUUCUGCCUUGGUUAAUUGCUGCAUUUCUUUUCACUGUUUGGCGUAUUAUUGCAAUCAUAUUCCGCUCAAUAGCAAAUGAUAUUUAUUACAGUUACCACCAAGCCAUCCUAGUAAUUUGGAUCCUUCUUAUUGGAACAAAUGUAUUUUUUUGGCUAGUGGUUUAUUCUAACUACCAGGAGCUUGCAGAUAUAACCCGCUUGGAAGAUAUGGCAAAACUUAAGAUGGGAACAAUGAGCAGUCUUAAUGCAUCAAGAAGUCUUUCUCAUCACUCCAUCAAUUCAGUGAAAAACACUCAGUCAAACUCUCUUACACCUAGAGGCUCUAGUUCCACAGCCUCCGUAUAGAGGGCAAUCUAGAUGGAUCAUUUUAAGAAACUUUGUGUUCAAUAAUCAUGUUUCUCCUAUAAGGUGUAGGAAUCUCUAUUCUCUUUUCAGAGAUGAAAAUAUACCCUCUCUAGACUGAGAAUAAUCAUACUUGGUAAACAUCAUUCACAAACGUUUGAUCAUAUUUUAUAAGAUUAUCAAAAUCCACGACAUAGUUUACAUUAUAUCAUUAGUAAUUAUUAAGGCUUAUUCUCACAUUCUUUAUUAACCUAUGACUAUGUAGCCACUUGUGAAUCUAUUUUAUAAUGGUAUUUUAAACAGUGGAUGUAAGUGGAAAGCACAAAUGUUUAUAAUUGUUUUUGACAUAGACCAUGAGAAUUAUAUUUUUUAAGUUUACUGUUAGAUUUGCUUUCAUAUGUUAUAACAUCUGUGUUUCUGUACCAUUCCCAUGAUAGUUAGAGAAAAUAAACUGCGUAUGAUUUAUAGGUUUCAAUUGAAACAUUAGCCAAAUGAAACAUCUAACUAAAUGAAAAUAUAAUUACAUUAAUGAUAUAAAUGUACAAAUUUACUUGCAAACAAAAAACAGUUUUUUGUUUUUAUUAUCUGUUAAUAAUGAUGUAACAAAUGGUGUGAAAAACACUUUGGACUACAAGACAUAGCUAACAUGAAAUGACUCCAUUUUACCCCCCCCCAACAAUAGAUAUAUGUAUGUGCAGAAAUAAUAGAAAGAACAUUCCUGACAGUGUGCCUGUGCUUUUUUUGGUGGAUAAAAAAACACAAAUUAUAACUGCUAUGGGGCUUAGUGACUGUGGUUUGCAUUUUUAAUAGUUGUACAAAUAAUAAAAUAAUUCUUACCGUGAUUGAUACUGUUUCUAUUCUUGAUAACUUUGAUCAAUCAUCACGGCAUAAUUAAACUUAUGUAAACUUUAUAAUAUAUGAUAUUUUUAUAGCUUCUCCUCACACUUCUUGUUGAAGAUCACUUUGUGAAUUUUAUGUCUUUGUUUCAGAGCCAUCGAGAAAGUUUUAUUUUACUAUAACAGUUUCUAUUUGUUAAUUGUAUGAAAUAAUUAUUUUUCUACAUUCACUCUGAAACCUUGUUCAUCACUUUCCAUUGUUGUUGUUAUGUACAAGUGAGUCUUUCAUUAGAAAUAAAUAGAUUUCAGAUUUGU